UGUUUAAAAAAUACUAUCACCGUCUGUAAGUAACCCUUAAUGGCCAGAUUUUUUAAUUCUCUGGAAAACUUUGUUGUUGAGUUUGUGUUGUAAUAAUAAUAAUAUUCAUUUCCCACCAGUGUGUUUGUAUUGUGUCGUUUCAUCAAUAAAUUGUCGUCACAAGAAAUUUACAACAAGGGAUCAAUAAAGCAACCUAAGUCUGGUCUUAGUCUUGAAAAAAAAAAAGAAUAAACUAUAAAUAUCAAUUUGGCAUACAAAUUUUAGUGAAAACAAUGGCUUUCUAAUGGAAGCUGCGAAACUCAAAACCAAGAAUAGACUUAAUAUAGAAAAACUACAUUGUGACCAGGGAGAACAUUGUUCGUUUGUCUAGUUCAUUGUAAAAGGCUCAAAAGGAAUGCCUCGGCUUAUGACAAUGUUAGAAAGAGGAACUCCGGACAUUGCUUUAAACACCGAGGACGACAAUAACAUUCCUAGAGGCGCUCUGCACAUGACCACUGGUCAAGACCAUCUCAGGGAGCUGAACGUAAAAUUGAAGCUCCAACCACCUCCUCAAGUAAGCCAACCCACAGCAAGAGCAGCGACCGCGUCGUCUUCACCACAGGCAGCGAAUAACAGCAGCUAAUCCUAGAAUGGCAGCUUCAUCACAAGACUCGAGACAAGCUGGAUAUACGAAAUUCACAAACAGUCAAACGGUACUGGUUCACACGUCAAACACCCACAUCUAUUAUCUGCACACUGGCUACUAUGGAUCUAUUCCAAAAGAAAAACAGGGCCAAGAGAAUCAACCCAAAACUACCCAUCAAGUGGCAUCCCAGCAAGCAGGACAUGUUACACAACUGGGUGACCUAGAUUCAGGUGAAACAUGUGUCUAUGUAGAGAUUGCAUCCUUCAGAGAAAGAAAAAAGAGGGACCCAGAGGGACUGUGGCUGCAAGAGGGAAAAAAGCAACAAAACAGUGGCAGUGCACAAAAUAUCAACAACAACAACAAAACUAAGACAAUAUACAGCAGCUGUUAAGAACUCAAGUUGGGCUGAAAAUGCUCCAAGAUUUGCUAAAUCUGAGGACUCGUGAAAGUUGUUAGAACUCUUCUUCCAAAAAACCAAAGAUACUUACCAAUAAGUGUGAUACAAUUUGUUGACUUUAAACUUUGCUUUAUAUUUUCCCAAAUGCUUUUAAUUAUUUGUGCAGUAUUAAAACUCUUGUAUACAUUUAUUUCAUUGAAAAGUCUAUAACUUGACAGGGAUUGGUGGUUGAGGGGUAAAGCGCUUGGCUUCCAAACUGAGAGCUCUCGGGUUCAAAUCUCUGUGUAGACUGGAAUUUUAAAUUUGGGAAAUUUUAGGAUGUCCUUGAGUCCACUCAACUCUAAGGCAAUAGGUCAUUUUUAUGGCCUCAUGACACCUGUCAGCCACAGAAAAAGAUGAUCUUAGCAUCAUCGGCCUUAUUGACUGCAAGAUGUGAAAGGGGUACUGAACUUUUCUAAAAUGACUUGAUUCACAAGGAAAGAAAAAAUAUACAUUGCAAGUUGCAUCAAAGGGCCCACAGCAGCAAAUGAUCAUCAAAGCGAAAAUGUCAAAUCCAUGACAUUUGGAUUUCAUUAACCAUCAUCAAGUCAAAGUGCCUUGUAUGUAACCAUAAUGUUGUAUUGUACAUUAACAGUCGGGUGCCAGUUUAAAUAGAAUCAAAAGGCAGUGAAGGAAAAUAUUAAAUAUGUUUUCAAUACUGUUAUUUGUAUUUAUUCAUUGUUGAUUUAAUUACCUUCCAAAAUACAGUUCAUUGUUAUUCUAAAAGACAACUUUAAACUGAGCAAAGAUCGUUAUGUAUAUGAACAUACAUCAAUGAUGUGUGGCUGAGUUCCAUAAUUGGGUUGGCUAAACAUCAAGGGGGCAUGAGUAGAACUUAUUCAAACAGAGUUCUGUUUUCUGAGCAUCUGAGGGCAGCUUGGAAACCUUCUCCUCCCCCCCUCCUUCCUCCACAUGUCCACAAAAGAGAAUUGACCAGAGCUCACAAGGCAAAAGUGAUUCAAGACCGAAAAAAAAAAAAGACUUUGUAAUCCCUGUUGCACAUAUCCUCAUUAUAAUAAAAUGUUUAUCUUAAGUCAUAAUUUGCAAGCAGGCUGAGUUUAUAAAACAAGAAAAGGGUCAAAUAGUGCUAAAUUG